AUGAGCCACAAGCAAGCCCAUUCACCGAGUGCAAUACCCUUUUCAUGGGAGACAAUCCCUGGUAUACCAAAGCUUAUGGCCACUCCGACAGCUGCUUCCAUAGGAAUGCUUGAUCAGGAGGUCAGCAAGAAAGUUCUUUCCCCACCGCCACCGCCACCACCACCAGGGAGUCUUCGUGGGUCAAUGAAAAGAAGCAUGUCGAGCAGGGUAUUCUGGAGGGAGGAGGACCCUUUUUUAGCGGCUUUGAAAGAGUGUUCGAAGGAUUACAAGAGUAAGGGUGAUAUGAAGAAGAGAUUCGGAAUCUGGGGGAGCAAGUCAUUUUUGUGGUGCAGAUGUUCGUUUGAUGUUGAAGAAGGGAACUUGAGGGGAAGAGGGAAGCCGCUGCCGUCAAGUGGUGGUCCAGUGAUUCCUCGAGAACGAGUUCAGAGUUUGAUUCGAAUCCAGAAGGGGUUGAGGAAGUAA